UCUCUUUCAACCAUUGCUUCUCAUCACUACCUGAGUACAAUCACCAGGAACUACGCCAUUAGGGGCCGGAUGAUUGAGGGAUGAAACUACCUGCUGUUUCUAUAGCAACCAUGCAGUGAUGAAGAAAGGGAAGCAAGAGGAGAAGGUUCUCCAAGCUGUCUUGAUCAUUACAGGAGUUCAGUCCACUGGAAGGCACACAUCGACGGAGGGGAACGCUUGCUUGGUUUGUCCAUAAGAAAGAACUUGAGAUUGAGUGGUGAUAUCGAUCGGACAAAUCUGGGAGAGCAGGAGGCCUUGGCGCAUGCACUCAACAAAAUUACUAUCUUCCCAAACAUGUCAACAAGGCGUCUAUCUUGAUCGAGUUACAUGGCUUACAAUCGAAGUAAAAACGUUUACCGCGCCACUGAUGGUACAAGCAUGAAAUCAUCUAACAACAAUCCGGAGAGGAAACAGAAAUGGUACGACGAUGUACGAACACAGGGCGAUCAUAACGUGAAGUAUCUGAGCAAGAUCAAGGACAUGAAACAACAACUCCAGAAAGAUGGACAGUCUACGACGCCCUCUGUUGGUCGAGGUGGUGGUGAUCAUAGUCGUCAUAGGACGCAUCCAGUGACUCGUCCGAGUCUUACCCGUCAUCUCUCUCUUAAUCUACCAGUAUUCGUCACCAAUGCAGACUUAUCAACCGUCCCUCGUGCAGGACGGCUAUCUAUGUAUUCUAAGGCCAACAGACCAGUACCUGCUAUACACCCAGUCCAAGGAAUCGGCCUGCUAGAAGAUUCUUCUACAAGGAAAGGAACGAAACGUACUGAUUAUUACUCAAAACGGCACAACUCACUUACGUCAAUUGAUAAAUUUUCCCCAGACAUGGACAAAGGACAUCAACCACCCACACUUAAACGCUUUGCUCGCUCUCAAAAACCAACUCCAUUAUCCACCCGUGUUCACAAGGCCUCGUCAGAUUCCAGAGAUGACCAUUGCAUGCACCUGAGAUCGUACAAUGUGGCGUGUUCACACUCACAACAUCUUGGUCGGCUUCGAUCACGAUCAACAUGUAGUGAGAAUGAUUCCGGUGCCCAAACAAGGAGUAUCAAACAGGCAUUUGGUCGCCAUAGCACAGAUAAAGCAGACAACCGUGGUGCUACGACCAAAACAAAAUCAGCAGUCAAAUAUAAGCCAAGCCUAUCGAGUUCUCAUGAUAAAACUCGAAGGGUAAGUCAGGAACCAGCCCUUGACAAACGAUCCGUCAAUGUCGAUGUACCGUAUGGAGGGGUAGACUACUACAACCCAGACUCUACUGGGUACAAAGCCCCUGUCUGCACUCCACACACAGUCGUGUCUGAGAAAUCAGACCUAGGGUGUCCCUACUGCCAAAGCAGUGACAGUGGCGUGUCUGUCAACAAAGGAAGCGUUUCCUCUGCUUCAAGUUCUAAAUGCCAGGACACGAGUGACUCCGAUGAUUGGUCCGACAUUGGUGUGACUCUAUCCCAAAUACGACUGAGUCAUUCACAGUCAGAACCUUCUAUCAAGGACAUGGCCAACACCAUGACGGUAACCAGUGACAUCGACGCUGAUGUAGAAUUUCAACAGAAUCGCUCAAACUCAUCGACGACUGGGUCGUCCGAUGAUACGAUACCCGUCGUCCAGAUCAACUCGAAGUCGGAAAGCGAGAAUGAAAAGCAGAUGGAGAACAUGGUGACAAUCAGCGCACCUUUCAUUAUGUUCCGACCGGCCACACCCCGCAUGCCGGAGAGAGAAGAGAAGACGUUUGAUCAUGAAGUUGGUCGGGUCCUUGUCAAAGCUGCUUCACAGGCUGAGCUACGACGGAAAGAGAUGCAACGACUUGUCGAAGAUAUUGAAGAGUUCAAUUCGGCGAAUAAGAAUCUUUAUCGAAAGGUCAAGCCAAUCAGCGGAUAAUUAAAGAUUCAAUCGGGUUGAGUCUGUAUUAGUUAUUAUGCGACAAAGUAAAAUUUAUACGGUACAUGUAGUAUACACUUGUAAGAUAUUCCCGCCAAAUUGUCUGUUGUAUGUUGACGAAUAUGUCUAUCAUUUUGUCCAUACGUCCAUAUUGUAUCAUUCAAGCAAGUAUCAGCGUUGCAUGUGCUUUGAUAUCCAGCUCAUUUCAAAUCACCUCUGAUUGAAUUUAUUCCUCGCAAACAUUUCGUUAUAACUUGUUUAUUCAAACAAGAUACGGUUUCCAAGAUUCCUUACCAAGCUCCCGAGGCAAAUUGAUGACAUCCCGGUCCACGUGACAGUCAUGUUGACUCUAUUCAAUUGAAAUGCAGGUCUCUGUAAUGAUAUGCAGUAUGCCGUCAGGGAAAGGUUUGGAGCAAUGAAUACUUACAGAUUUCAAUGUAGUACUCAGCCCAGGAAACCUGUGGAACUAGAACAUUGUAUUCAAGGGUUAUGAUUACAUCAAUGUCAUCAAUGCAUUAAUAUCAGAGAUAGAUAGAUGGAGAGAGAAAGAGAAGGAUAAAGAAAGAGAAAGAAAGAGAGGGAUGAAGAGACAGACUUUAUAAAGCUUUUCAAAACUGUCUUUGUAUGGGUCUUUUUAGACAACGACUGCAAGAUGGGGAAAUAAUUUAGAUCAAAUUAUUCUUAAGUGCCAUAAAGCUCUUACAGUACUCUUUAUCAAUCGUCAUGUAAACAUUUUCUUAAUAUAAAUAUACAAAUGAAUUUAUGUUUCCCAUCUCACAAUCAUUCAAAAUAUAAAUCUGUGUAUUUUCAAUCAAAAUGAGCAAUGUAUAAACAGAGAUAUGAUAUCUUCAUGAAAGAAAAUUAGAGCUUAAAUAAAACUUUUCUUUCCC